AUGGGCACAGCGUUGGACCCGUUGUCGGCCCCGUUGAAUGUUCGCCGCCCAGCAGCGCCAACACUGCCGAGCUUCGAGCUCCCACCACCACCAUUCAAUUUGGCGGCCGCAGCCCCCAAAUUCCCGGCACAGUCCAGCCAUCCCCCAAUCUCUCAUCCGUCAAAUGUGAGCGUGGGGAACUUGUUAACGCCACCCGCGACAAUUCAAUCGGGGGAACACGCCACACCUCAGCCCUUGGCGCCAUCAACAGGCUCCGAUCUACCACCAACCUAUUGGCCGGCUAGCUCAUACGGGCACGCCUGGGGAUCAACCGUGAAUGCCUAUCCAGCUCGGACGUCCUUCUCACCGUCCUCGGGCAUGCAAGUCCGCUCAACGGUCACAUCACCACCCUCAACCGAUGGACUGCCACACCCAUACGAGGCCCCCUCAGUAUCUUAUCAAUCAUACCAAGCUCUCCCCGCACCUUCAACAAUGCCUCCGUCCGCCUCACAGCCCGCCAUGCCCAUCUACCCCGGGGGACCCGCCACAUCCCCAGCUCCACUUCCAUCUAAUGAUCCAUAUGCCGCCAAAACCCAGCAUAUGUAUGCCGCUUCUCCCCCGAUGACAAGUCCCCACCAAGCGGGCUUCCCCAUGUAUGGAUCUGCAGGUCUCGGGAUUCACCCGCCAUCUCGGAUGCCCGUCCAUAGUCCAUCGGCAGGGCAACCCCCCCUCGGCUACCCGCGCCAGCCCUGGCCGUCCUAUUCUCUUCCCGCCAUGAACGGUCCCGUCAUGACCAACGUGCACAGUCCCGGUGGCCCCAUGUCCAUGAUGGGCGGCAUGCAGCCUGGACUCUUACCUGGAUUUAACAGCGGCCAUGUCGCAAGCUCUCAGCAUUUAUACGGCAGCCAUGCACCCCCGCAUGGCAUGUCCGCCCCGGCAGCCGACCGACCGUUUAAAUGUGAUCAGUGUCCACAGAGUUUCAACCGCAACCACGAUCUCAAGCGUCAUAAGCGCAUUCAUCUGGCUGUGAAGCCUUUCCCAUGCGCGCAUUGCGACAAGAGCUUUUCACGGAAAGAUGCUCUUAAGCGACAUAUUCUUGUCAAAGGAUGCGGAAAGGACGGCGACGAUGCGGGCAGCAGCCAAACUGGGGUCGAUAUCAAGGGCGAAGGACGAAGUGAAGACGGCAGUCCUCUUCUCAACGGACGCUGA